GCGGAGCGGCCAAGAAAUUCGCGUAUUUUCACAGCUCAGUUCCGUUCCGUUCAGUUCAGUUUAGUUCCUGAGCGAAGGCGAACGGAUUCGGGCGCGCGUCGUUCCCGCAGCGCGGUAAUUCCCCAUAUAAUACCUAAUAUCUGAAUAAUAUGCCCUGGGACAUGAUGGGUGUACUGUGGAGUUCGCGUGAGUCGGGCGUUAAACUCGCGUAAUUUUAGGACGUUCUCGGCAAAUGGAACCCCCGCUGGAGCAUUAAUAAAUGCCACUAACUACAUAAUUAAUUGUUCGUGUCGUAUACCAAGUGAAAAAAGCCCCCAAAAGAAAGUUGAAAAAAAAACAGCCAGAGAGCAAAGAAAAAUUCAAAUCAAAACAAAAUAAACCGAAUUAUGAAAUUCCCACGUCGGUGUAAAGUGAGAUGAUUUGAGGUCUGUGUUACAAAUCCUUUCCCGUGCCGUCGCCCCAACAUCAUGCUCGACAAAUUCAACACAAACGCAUUCAUAUCGUUUGGACUGGGAUUCAUACUGAUGUGGCUGAGCGAAGCCACGGAAGCCCACAUGAACUACACAGCCAAGCCGCGAGUAGUUCUUCCGCCUAAUUAUGUCAAGGAGAUACGACCGCCCUCGAAGAAGGGCUCCCCAGUGAUAGUAGACUUUAGCAUAUUCGUUGUAGAUAUUAACUCAAUUAACGUAGAGGAUAUGGACUUUAGAGUAGACAUGUUUAUACAUCAGCGCUGGCUGGAGUCGCGUCUGGAGAUCCCAGAUGACAUCUUCGAGGAGGGCGACGACUAUGUGACGCUGCUUCCAGAGGUCUUUGAGAAUUUUUGGCAGCCGGAUCCGUACUUUCUCAAUUCCAAGAUUGCCGGAUACGGAAGUCCAUAUGUUGCGUCCACUUCUAUGCUACGCAAUAAGGGUGAAAGAGAUUCGAAAAACUUUCAUCUGAAAAAAGAUAUAAAAAUAGCGACACUGACCCACAAGUUCACGUCGGUGACGCUCUACAAGAACAAGACGGUGCGCUAUGCGGCCCGGAUGCACGCGAUCAUCGCCUGCCAGAUGGAGUUCCAGCUGUACCCCAUGGACAUCCAGGUGUGUCCCAUCUACAUCGAGAGCUUCUCAUCGAACAACCAGAAGGUUAAGCUGCGCUGGUCGGACUCCGGCGUAACCCUCAAUCCGGAACUCAAGCUGCUGCAGUACAAUCUGGGCCAGCCCUUGGAGCUGGAGGAGAGCGAUGGCUAUAUGCCGGAGAAGGUCGGGAACUUCUCCCGGCUCACCGUGUACUUCCGCUUCGAGCGCCAGAUUGGCCACCACCUCAUCCAGACCUUUGCCCCCUCCUCGCUGGUGGUGAUGCUCUCCUGGUUCAGCUUCUGGCUGGGAUUGGACGCCAUACCGGGCCGGGUCACACUACUGGUGACCUGCAUGCUGACCCUGGUGACCAUGUUCACGGGCGCCGACAUCCCGCCAGUGGCCUACGUCAAGGCCCUGGACCUCUGGAUGGCCGGCUGCAUGCUGUCCGUGUUCGCCGCCCUGGCCGAGUUCGUGGUGGUGAAAGUGCUGGACGUGCAGUACCAGUACCAGGUGAACCGCAUUCCAAAGGUACUGCCCAUGCGCAUCAGCAACAUGGAGAAGGGUCAGUGUGCGACGGUGGCCAGUUGGGAAGGAGGAGCGGUGAGGUCGCGGAAGGCCACCCAGACGCCCACGACACCGGGCCAGACCUCGCUGCAGGGAAAUGGUGGACCGCCAAAGCCAGCCAGAAGGCAGAGCCUCCUUUCCGUGGCCUGGACGGAUACGGAUACCGGCGUGGAGAAGAUCAUGUGGCGGGAGAUUGACAAGGUAUCUCGCGCCGUAUUCCCCAUCCUGUUCUUUGUGUUUGUACUCCUGUACUGGCCGAUUCUGCUGAUGAAGUCGUCCUAGGAUUUGGGGAGUUCCAGACUGCACAUGUCUGGACUCCGUUAAAAAGUGAAACGAAACCCAAUCUGUUGAUGGAACUAUAGCUGGACUGGAUUUAGAGCCCAAGUGCAAUGCCAGAGACGCCAAGUCUUUGGAUCUUAAUAUCUGCAAAGAGAGCGGGGCCUCACAACUCGCUCCCUGUCAUCGAAGUACAAGAAAGUCUACUGUUACCUACAUAAGUGCGUGCAUGGGUUAUACCAAAAACCUAGAUCGGGUACAUCGAAUGUACUGAGUAUAUAGCUUAGUUAUGGACUAUUUGCUCACGGAGAAUGUAUUGUUCAUUUGAGUAUUUGCUUUGUACAAAUCCGAUCUUGUAUGGAACAAUGCCGAUAGCUCCCCCUAUAUUAUUUUGAAAUCUAUGCCACGAACGAAGAACUAUGUAUCUAUUUCGAACACCGCGCACUCCCCCACAGGGUCAAAAGCUUCAGCUACUCUAGGCAUUAAUCAUGACCCACAUCGAUAUAAACCAAUUUUAAUUUAGUUCUGCCUUAUAUACACCGGAUGAUACUAAUGAAAUGUAUAUCACUGUGCUAGUGACAAUACCCACAAUCGAAAAGGGUGGUCCCUACUUUGAAAGUAAACACACUCUCUAUAACUGCGAGCUACACGCAUUAAUCAUUUUCGGGCAAACGAUUUUAAUUGAACUUUUGUAUUAGGCUUAAGCAAAUCAGCCAAGACAUGGAAUUGGUGCUUUACGAUGAUAAUAAUAAUACAAUGGCCUCUAAGGAUAUUUGGAUUGUAAAUAUUGAACCGAACAGUGAAUGCUUUUAGAGAUUUUUACAUACAUAUUUAGAAUUAUUUAUCCAUUAUAGCGCAUUUUAAUGCAAACAUUAGAGCUGUGGCUUUUACAUCUAAUACUAAAAUUGACCUGUAGUUCAAACAGCGCACAUCAGGCAGAAUUUUUGAAAAUAUAAACAUAUAUAUAUUUGUUAAGCUAAAUCGAGUUUAUAUUUGAUAUGAAAAUACGGACACAAUGUAAAUAAAUUACAUCACUACUAUAUAUAUAUUACAUGCAUAUAUUUAUCUAGGAUGGUAAUGGCUGUACCAAGUUAAGUUUAUAUAAAUAUCUAUAUUCUUUCCAUCUUUUAAGUUAUGUUGUUCACUCAGCUAUUCGUAGGUCAGUGAACCCUCUAAUAAUGUUAUCGAAAGCUUUAAAUUUAUUCUUAAUAAAAGACAAGGCGCGUACAUCUAUCAAACAAA